AUGCACGGAAAUCUUUUCAUGGUUCGCUGUACUUCUUGUUCUUCCCUUAAGAUUGGUACAUCAUCUGUUGUGUACCCAGCUGCUGGUUACGCAUCAAUUCUUGCUGAAAGAAAUGUUCCUGUUGUUGAAAUUAACAUCGAAACUACUCCAUCAACAUCCAUCGCAACUCAUCACUUUCACGGACCAGCAGCACAAAUUAUUCCUCAAUUAUUAUCAACAAAUCAGAAAUAA